UCGGCCGUGCCCGACACGAGCACAUCGAAUUCGCAGACGAGCAUGCCGAAGCCGUCAACCAAUUCGCAGCUGCAAGCCACAAAGAUCUCCUUCCAAGGUUGAAGACAAACGAUGCCGAACACAAGGUCGGACUGCUCACGCUCAGCAACGCCACGCGUGCAUGUAAACGCUUCCGCGAUAUCACCCAGCCUCUUCUUUAUGAGAGCUUCCCAGGACAGCCUGUUGCCCACCUGCAGAGUCUGAAUCGCACGCUGAUUGCACGACGGGAUUUGGCUCGAAUGGUCAAGAACAUUACGAUUGGCGAGUGGGACAUAGAUAUGCUGAGGACACUGGAUAAAUGGUGGCAACCCACUAUCGCAAAAGUCGGACUAAGCACCCACCUCAUCGAAGCCAUCCACUCCAAAGCCGAAGCAGGUUUCGAAGAUGCCCAAGUCGCUUUACUCCUUCUCCUUUGCACAGAAGUACAAGCCAUCGAUAUCUGCGUCCCGCUUAUGUUCAAACGAAGUAGCAUCGUCAGCUUGCUCCUGACCGAAGUUGCCCAAGAACGUCCCAACACGCUGUUUCGUGGUGCAGAAGAAGAUUUUCCAACACAGAUGCCUACAAGUCUGCCGCUACGGAAGCUGAAAACCCUCAGUACACGCAAUGCAAACCCGGCUCUCUCUGUCUGCAUCUCCGCUUUCGAGAAACUGAUGGCACUCAAGACAAUCAAACGCCUCACCCUGUUCCGUACGUUGUUCGAAUCAGAGAUUUUGCCUUGCUUGCCGGGUCUGCAAGAAGUUUGCUUGUGGCGAUGCAGGAUAGGAUCACAGCUCGGCGCAGCCCUCGCGGGCUGCGGGAAUUUACGAUCUCUGAAGGUCAUCUGGCCUGGUUCGUCCAUGGACUACAUGCAAAAUGUCUAUCCGCUGGACACUGUCAUCGACUACAAGCAAAUCGGCAACUUUAUCACAAAGCACCUGAAGAAGCUAGAGACGUUGAUCCUCGAUCCACGCGAAGCAUACCUCUUCGGCAAAUCCUGCAAGCAACUGCACAACGAAUGUCCUCACUGGGAGAUGAAAGCGCCCCUUCCUCGCCUGAAGGAAAUCCUCCCACGUUCAUUAACCAAACUCGCCAUCUUCGUUGAUCGCCGCAGUGACCACAUGUGGGCAAUGAGGGACAAAGAAUAUCGCAUCACCCGCAACGCGAAGCUCAUGUUGUAUGAAUGUGCCAGAUAUCUCAUUGAUGCUCCGACAUGCUUCAAGUCACUUCAUCUAGACGUGCCGUACAUGGAGAUCGAGCCAGGCUUUCGUGAGCUUGCAGCGCUGUUCAAAGACCUCGGACGCUCCGCAGAUGAGGUGAUUGGAGAUCCCGCUGCGCAGAGGGCGAGUCCUGUUGUUGGUGCUACGACGCCAAAGGAGCAGCGAGUCAAGUUGAGGGGCAUCUUUGGUUUGUGGCUGCCGGAGAGUGGUCGGUGGCCAACGGUAGUGAUUGAGAAAGACGGCGAGAUGUCGCAGGACGCGGAUUGGGAGGAAUGGAGGAAAGUGUUGGAUCAGAAGAUCGAGGUCUCCCGUGGAUGGUUUCGCUGGGAACGAUGAUGGAGCAAAUAUCUCGAAGACUGGACGAUGGAUGCAUUUACUCCAACCGCUCGUUUUGCAUGAGUGACAUAAAGCUACGACAGAAUUCUUAGCAAGGC